CUCCCGUCCUGCAACUAUAAAGACCAUCUAAAACCUUCUUACUCAACAUUUAGUCUUUUACAUCACUCUCCAGUCACUCCAUUACUCUUCGUCUGACUAUCCUAUAUAACCUCCGCAUAGCUCUCCAUCAUAUCUUCUAAAGACCUCUCUAUCAAAAUGGCUAAUACAAGUGAUGAACCGCACGGCCUGAGCAUUCCUGUAUUCGAGGAAACGCUGCAAAAUGCUGUAGAUCAGCGCUCUCGAGUGUACAGCUUUGUCUCAUCACUCUCUGUUCGCUGGGAAAACGACCAGACAAAUGCCAAAGCUGACCGUGAAAAGUUCCGCGAUAUUGUCCAUCUCUUAGGAUUUCCCACUCCCGAGCUAUAUGUUAUCCCCUUGCAAGACCGCACCUCAGGCUGGAUCUUAAAUCAUAAAAUACAUUUGAUGAUUGAUCAAGGACUAGCAGCGGAAGGACGGGCACUGCUGUUGAUAUAUUAUGCUGGACACGGGGUGGAAAAAGACGAAGCGCUUUUUUUUUUUUAACUUCGUGGUUUGGCAAAGAUAUUGCUGUUAGGGGCAUUCUUAACCAAGUGGAGUCCGAUUAUUGCUAUCUCUUACCUGGUUCUGAAAUCAACGUCAUCUUCAUCCUCGACUCUUGCUUCAGUCAUGUGGCGACAAGAAAUACGGUCAAUGCGCAACGUAUCGUCGAAGUUCUAGCAGCACCAAGCCCCAAAAGCCCCUUGGCUAACCCUUCCCAGGGGCGUGCUUCCUUUACUGGGAAGUUGUGGAACGGAUUAUGGCCAGAAAGACAGCGGGUUACAAAAGCGUUGGACUAGCUGAGCUUGUGGAUAGCCUCAUCGAAAAGUCACCACAGGUCACCCCAAGCUACAAGCUCCUUGUCGGAGUGCACUCCCUGCGACUAGAGCUGUCAGGCUCCGUGUCCAAUGUUGUCCCUCCCCCUGUCGUGGCACCGGAGUAUUUUGCAGUCUUCACUGUCCAUGUUGCCAAGUCUCUAUCCAAAUCUGCGCUUGCCAAGAUGGCAGAAUAGAUUCAUGCCUUGCCAUGGAAUAUC